UGGUGAAAAAGAACAUUUAAGUUAAAGAGUUUAGAUGUGUGAAUUCCAUAAAAUAAGGCAUUAUAAUGGUUUGUGUGCUCAGAGGCUCCCCUCCUGUGGCCAGUGACGGUACUGCAUAUAUUGUAUUUUGUCCCUCUUUGCUUCCCUUACCGUAGCAGAUUUGAGAAUCUUUGCUGCGGGUAGGUGUGAUUUUCAGGGCUCCAACUCAUAAUGAAAUAAUUGUGGAAAUAAUGUGGUUUUUGUGAACAUCCUCGAUGUGAUUGAUCAUACACAUGUAUAUGAACAUAUACUUAAUAGAUUUAUUUUGUUAAAAUAGUUAUUAGGGUGGAAAUGUAUUGAACCUCAUUGUGUGUCACAUGUGUAGGCCUCAUCUGUGUCUAAAGAUAUAUUGAACAAUUAUAAUAUGAGUUGAGUGAAUGUGAACUCUCUAUCUUCUAGCUUUUAUAAUGUCUGCAGUACUCAGGUCACCAGCCGGUUUUGAUUUAUAUUUCAUUUUUCUAUCAAAGGUAUGUUACCUUCAUGUUUAUUUCAAUAUGAAUGUUAAAUAGUGAUAUUUAGCAAUCCUUGACAUUUUCCUUGUUACUGGUUAUGAUUGAUCACAUAUUGUGUUAUGUGCAAAAGUAAUAUUGAGUUACAGUUUCAUGUUAUACGAUGUUACCAUGUAUUUUAUGUGAAAAAGACAAGUUUUAUUACAUGUAGCAGAUUUGAGAAUCUUUGCUGCGGCUUUUAUAAUGUCUGCAGUACUCAGGUCACCAGCCGGUUUUGAUUUAUAUUUCAUUUUUCUAUCAAAGGAUAAAAACAAGAAAAACCAACCCCCACGUGUGAGUGUGUUCAGUUUUGCAUCCGUCACACUGGUGCCGUGACCGACCUUUUGGAUCAUUCGAUCAGCUCAACGCAGAUCGGCCGUGGUUGCUGCUCACUGUUAAGCUUAUUGGAGGAACGAAUCUUCUAUUCAGUGGACAGAUUCGGUUUGCCAUUGGAUCAACUCUUUAAUACUACGGAUAAGGACAGUAUACUCAUGCUCACACGUCAUGAUGGGGACAGUACUUUAGUUCAGUAUACAUACACAAUGCAUGAAUGCAAGGAACAUAGUUUUUCGGCCUUGACAAUCGUCGUGAUCAAGAUUUGAUUGCAUAUAGUGAACUGCCUUUUUGAUUUUGAUUGAUAUUGUUGAUAUAGUAUAUACACACACUUUACAUUUAUUUUGCUCUUCUCAUGGACAUAUCUCAACAGUAAUAUGGCUGAAAAAUAUGAGUAUGAUAAUGAUUUGGAUGCAACAUGUUAUGGUAACACAGGUUUUUCUAGAGGUAGAGGUACAUGGCUAUACAGUAGCCCUGAGGGUGGUACUCUUAGCGGCAAUUUCAACCAUGGUGUUGAAAGAUCACACUCAUAUGCUAGCAAUGGCAGAGGUAUAGGGUUAAGUCAGUCUUUAGGGGCUACUCCUGUUGGAAGAGUUAAUUCCGGAGGCCCGUACACUUCAACACCAGCCGCAGAUAGAGCCGCUUUUGAGCAUCUCACAGACAUGGUAGGUCAGCUGGGUACACAAAUCGGCGAAUCAAUAGUUGCAAAGCUAAUGUCAGCCGGCCUAGUUAAUGUAAGCGCCGAUUGCCAAACCAGUUCACCCAGUUAUUCUCAAAUGCCGACACACACAGAACAGUGCUCACAUACUCCAGUAAUGACUCCACAAGUAACAGUGCACAUGAAGUCAGAGCAUGAUACCUUUAGGGGCGAUAGCUCUGAUAAAUACGGCAUUGAGGAAUGGGUAGACAGGACAAAAGCUUGCUUAAGGAAGCAGAUGUGCCCUAUUCAAGAUCAAGCUGAGGAGAUUAUGAGUAGGCUCGCUGGAAAGGCAAAGGAUAUUGUUAAAGUCAGCCUGCGCAGUGAUGGUGCGCUUAACAUCAGGCAGAACCCUGAGUUAAUCUAUGGCAUUCUUAUGCAGUACUUCAGUGAUGCACCCUCCUGCUUACCUCUUGCAGACUUUUAUGCCACUGUUCCUAGGGCUAAAGAAAAUCCUGUAGACUACUGGAUUCGACUUAACAAAGCGGCUGAUCUGGCAGAUAAAGAGUUGCACAGACAAGGUAAACAUCUUAAUGAUAUGGGAGAGGAAGUAACACGGAUGUUCAUUAAAUUCUGUCCUGACCCCAGUUUAGCUAACAUAUUCCGUUGCAAGCCCAUUCGUGAAUGGAGUGCAAAAGAAAUACAGGGUAGGAUUGACGAUUACCAAAGGGAAUUCAGGAGCCGUGAGAAUGUUAGUGUGAAUUUACGGAGCCACACAAGUACAGUAUUCAAAGGUGAACAUAAUAUGUAUGAUUGCCCCGUGGCAGUGUCACCUGCUCCCCAGAUUCAGCCUUUCCAUGCUUUGCCAGAUGCUGAAGUAUGCCGCCAGCUAGAACCUACACUGACACAGAGUCCGGUACAACAAUCUCGCACCUGCUCAUCCCCUCUGACAGUAUCAUCUCAACAUGCGCAACAGGCUGAGAGUCAGUUGCUGACUCGUAUGAUGGAAAUGAUGGAGCAGCUCAUGGACAGGGUGCAAUCCCGUGAUGAUUCACAUUCAAGGCGCGGACCUAGACAGCAGCGUGGUUUCAUCAGAAGUGCCUGCCGAGUCUGUAAUGACAACAAACACACAACAGUGACACACUGCAUGACAAAUAAACUGUGUUUUGCAUGCUACUUACCAGGACACACAAAAAAGGAAUGCCCCAAGGAGUCUUCCGCCCAGUUACAACAUGAGGGAAACUAGUAGACCCGUAUUCGGCGGGAGGCAGUGCGGGUCAUCAUUAUUGUAACUCCCAAGCUAUUGAUGAUUGUGAGUCUCAAAACGCUUACCUCUCAGCCAAAGGACAAUGUGAUCAAACGGAGGUCAUUUAUCAGAACACAAACGUUGUUGGUGGACAAGAUAGUCUCUUCUACACACCAGUAAAGAUUGGGGAGUCAGUGACAUUGAGUGCAAUGCUGGACAGUGGCUCGAUGGCGUGCACUAUGAAUGAGUCUGCUGAGAUGAAACUGAAGUCAGCUGGUGUAUUGAAUGAAUGCGGAGAGUUUGACACAAAUGUCGUCCUUGUAGGCUGUGGAGGGUUGCGCGUAAAACCCAAAUCAUCAUUCAAUCUUACCAUGGAAGUGUAUGGUGUUAAGAUGAUUGUACCUACUUUAGUAGUUUCAGGACAACAUGAUGAGCUGAUACUUGGGACUAAUGUUAUAAAACACAUUCUCAGAUACCUCAAAAUGUGCAAUGGAUUUUGGCAAGCUGUGUCUAGUCCAACUUCAAUAGACCCUGAAUGUGAGAGCUUCUUAUCAAUGCUAGCUGGAUUGAACCGCUGGAGAGGAGAAGAGAUACCAGAGAAAAUUGGGACAGUAAGAUGCAACUCAGCUGUCUAUCUCGAGUCGGGCCGUGAAUACUUAGUAUGGGGUAAGCUACCCAAAUCUGCUGUUGUGUCCCCAGGAAGCGCAGUUAUGACCGAGCCUACAUCUUCUCACUCUGCUCCCAGAGGCGUCAUGGUUGCUAGACUUAUCACAUCUCUGUGGGGAGAUGGAUGGGUCCCAUUGAAGCUUAUCAAUACUUCAGGUAGACCCUCCAGCUAAUGUCACUCCUGCUGUACCAGAAUGUCACACACCUGAAGGGUCAAGUGCUACAAGGGAGCUUGUUUCUGGUGACAAUGCAAGCAGCAGUUCAGAUUCACAUACAAUGAACAGUGAG